AUGCGAGGCGCCCACCGCUAUCUCAAGAAGGACGAAGUCUGCGACUCCGUGCAGGCCUCCACAGAGGCCAGGGCACGCCGCUGGCGUGACCGUUGGACCAGCAAGCCCGACCGCGAGCCUGCCUUGCGCGAGGCGCUGAGCGAGCUGCGGACCCUGGCUCGCGAGGCGCUGCCAGAGCGGCGCUACCGCACGAGAGACGACACGGUGAACGCCAUCAGGACCUUCCCCAGGGCCACGGGCAAGGGCGCUGAUCAGUGGGCGCCAGGCCACCUCCUCGCGGCCUCCGACCAGGGGCAGGAGCCCUUCGCCACCCUGCUCAACAUGGUGGAGCGCGCCUUGGCCUGGCCGCACCAGCUCCUCCACAACUGGCAUGCCCUCCUGCCAAAGGGCGCCAAGCAGGGGGUCGGCAACGAGAGGGACAUCGGCCUCCUUCCCUUGCCCGUGCGCAUCUGGGGCCGCAUGACCAAGGCCGCCUUGACGCAGUGGUGUGACAAGCGAGCUGGACACCGGGGCGCUGCGGUGCGUGGGAGUUCCGCGCUGCAGGCUGCGUUGCUCACCAUGGUGCUCGACGAGACUAGAGCGCACGCCGGCGUAGCCGAGCAGAGCAACUUCUCGAUGGACGUGGAGAAGUUCUACGACUACAUCGACCUGGCCUUGAUGAUCCACAAGGGCAUCUCCCUGGAGGUGCCGCCCGUCGAACUGUACCUGCGCUGCCUCACGUACUUGGCGCCGCGAGCGGUCAAGUCACACGGGGCCUUCGGCUCGACCAUCGCCCCCAACUGCUCGAUCCUCCCUGGCUGCGGGAAGGUCCUCGACCAUGCCAAGGACGUCGCGGUCACCCUAGUGCAGGGCUGCCUCGACCUAGGCCUGCGUGAGACUGGCAUCCGUGUGCAGAGGGCGUCCACGGCGAAGGACCUCGGCAUCGACUGCACCAUGGGCUCCAGGCGCAGCAACAAGACGGCCAGGACGCGGAUGUCGGCAGCGAGGGCGAGGGCUACGCGAGCGAGUUUAUUCCGCAGGUUGGGGCGCGGCAACAAGAGGACCAAGGGUGUCAUGCUGCGCAACACCAACAUCAGGGCGAAGUACCAGUUCGCCGACCCGAUCAAUGGAGCGCCUCCUUCGACGACAACGCGGCGACGGGCCCAGGCAGCGGACCUCACAGGCCACACUGUGGGCGGGCGCUGCACCUCCACCACCCUCCUGCUGCACUACCAGGACGACGAGCCCAAGAUGGCGGCCUUGGCGCAGCAGGUGAAGGAGUGGUUCCACUUCUGGGCGCGCCACUCGGAGCUGCGAGACCGCGUUCGACUUGGAUGGCGAGAGGUGCUCAAGAGACUCCUACACUUGCGACCUCGUGCUCGGUGGAAGUGCGUCGCGGGGCCCAUGGGCGCGAUCAUCCUGGCCCUGCGCGACAUCGGCUGGAUACCGCGGCGGGUGCCCGACGUCUGGAUCGACGACGAGGGCUCCGAGUGGCGGCACCUCGGCAACGAUGGCGACAGCGUGCAGGACCUAGUGAAGGCGAUCAAGAGCACUGUGACGCGCCAGCUGUGGCGCCAGGCUGGGGACCACCCCCCCGGAGCGGGCCUCGGCGACGGCGGCGACCUCCACAUGCUGAGAGUCAACCUGAGGAGGGUGCGCCGCCAGGAGCGCCACAAAGAGGCAGGCGCUCUGGAGGCGGGAGCGCUGGCUGGAAUCUGGACGGGGGCAAGGGCGCUAGCGGCAGGCUACCAGUGCCCCGACGACUGUGAGCGCUGUGGCGAGGGCAAGGACACCAUCGAGCACAGGCUGUACUUCUGCUUGGCCGCCUGCGAGAUGGGG